UUGAGCGGGGGAUCUGCUGUUGGUUAUGUGAAAGAAGAAGAAGAAGAAGAGAAAAAAGGGCGGAGUUGGGCUCGGCACAGUGUGUGUGUGUGCGUAAAGAAUAGGUUGAUUCAACGUUUUUUUAGUACAGGCCUUUGCUCCUGCUCGCCCGAGUUGCUCGGACGAUUCUCUCCCAUUCGAUCCACGUCGGUUCCGUCGAAAGUCUUUCGGAUUUUUUUUUACCCCCCACCAACUCAACUCAUAAUAACGUCCAACAACAACAACAACAACCGAGUCUGGGUUUGAAAACGAUCCAGGUGGGAAAAAAGCUGUUGCCCGGAUUGUGUUGUUGUUGUUGUCUGCCGCUCUAAUAAAUUCCGGAUCGACUCUGGACUAGAUUGGCUUAAGCCUCGCAAUUCGGGGGGAAGAAGAGACAAAUAUGAAUCGAUUAGCCAACGAGUCCGAGAUGAAAUGGAUGCCGUUGCUCUACGGAGUGACGGCCGGCCUGUCGAGUUUGGUCGUCGUCCUCAUGCUCGUCUGGACAUUUCACUUCCGCGGCGGAUUUGCCUGGCAGGAUUUCCCAUCCAUCCAAUUCAAUUGGCAUCCAGUCCUGAUGGUCGUCUCUUUCAUCGUCCUAUACGGCCACGGCAUUUUGGUGUACCGUUUGUUGCGUAACGAGCCGAAGAAGAAGCUGAAAUGGCUUCACGCCGUCAUGAUGAUGACGGCCCUUUUGCUGGCCUCCAUCGGACUCAAGGCCGUCUUUGACUCGCACAAUCUGGCCGAGCGGCCCAUCGACAAUUUGUACACGCUGCACAGCUGGAUCGGUCUAUCGGCCGUCAUCUGCUUCGCGCUCCAGUGGCUCUUUGGAUUCGUCUCGUUUCUCUUCCCCGGCGUCCGUCACUCGCUCCGCGCCUCCUACAUGCCACUGCACGUCUACGGCGGACUGAUGAUCUUCGGUCUGGCCACGGCCGCCACCCUCAUGGGCCUCUUGGAGAAGGCCAUUUUCUCCAGGGUUUCGUACGCUCCUUUGACGGCCGAGGGGAUCCUCAUCAACUGCACUGGAGUGGCCGUGGCUUCGCUGUCGCUCCUCAUCGUCUACAUCGCCACACGGUGGCAGUACAAGCGGCAACCGCUGCCCGAGGACGAACUUCUCCUGGCCGAUCAAUUGGCCGAAUGAUGGCGAUCUGAAUUAAAAUUUCUUUCAGGCGACAGAGAUUU